GUAAUUGCAACAAGUAAUACUUUACUUGUACGUACGCAUCGCCGUGUUUAAAAAGUGGGAGAGAAACUAACGGGUAUUUUAUCGUUACAUUGAAUUGCACAAUUGAACAAGGAGAAGAAGAAAAAUACCCUUGAGCAGCAGAUAGGCAAGGAACGCCAGCUAACUAACCAAGUAAACUGGCAAGGCGAGAUCUCACGGUUUGAAUUCCACGACGACGAUUCGGUCCGUCGCUGCAUAAAACAUCCUUCAACUCUUUCUUCUAUCCCUUCUUCUUCUUCCGAGAUGUUUCAGCGCUAGAGUGGAAUACAAAAUGCAAAAAAUAAGCACGAGCUCUUUCUGCUUGCCUCCAAUCCAAGCAAACGCAUGCAUCGGUCCGCAAGAACCAUUCCCCUGAUGGCGUCCCUUCCUUGAACAACUUCUAAUCUCCUCUCAGCCCAAUAUCAAACUGUGAACUUGUGAGAAAUUCUAAAAUUGUGAUAAAUCCCAGAGUGCAGUGUGUGGAAAGGGCAGCGAGUUUUCCUAUUUGAGUUUGUGAACAAUUUGGUUUUAUACAAAUUUGGAAAAAUUGAAAUUCUGAAAAUUCUCUGGAUUAUUAGGAAACUUGUGAACAGUUACCUCACCUCACCUACUAAACUCCAUUCCACACACAAAACAGACACAUCAUCUUUGCACACAAUAUUACACAAAAAGGGAGCCGAGGAUGUGACUCCAAACUAAUUCUCAAGCUUUAUCAUCCACAACGUCGAAAAGAAAAAAUAAUAUUUUACCAAGUUUCUCGCACAACAAUCUUGAACGAGAUCUUUGAAAAUUGCGUACAUCAUCUCCUCCUCAGAUUGGAAGUGAACGCUUCAUUUAUUCCUAUCCUGAAGAAUCUCGUCUUUUUUUUAUGAAAAACCUGGCACCCAAAUUGCCACAUAUUUUUCCUAAUCCUGUGAAAAUCUCUAUAUUGGAGAAAAAUAAGAAACCCGUUACGCUCUAAGAGAAGAAAGAAGCAACUGUGCAAAUUGGAAUUGGACCAAUUUGAGGAAAGGGAUCUACUUUUUCUGCAGAUUACCAAUUCUACUCGGAUUUUUUUAAUUUUACAAGUACCAAAGAUUCGCUGGUGUCACUUUUGAGACGCCGAAGAGGAGACGACAGUCACAUUUUGGACAGGAAGUAGGAAACAAGUCGUUUAUUGACUAUCGCAUUUCUGAGGAAGAAUUAUUCGAAGGAGGAGCAGAAAGUCGAAAAUCAUGGUCUAUUGUUUACACCAAAGUUAAACAAUUACGACUCCCUAUUGCACAAUUUGUUGCAACCUGUUCACACUGACACGCAAGAAUUAAACUGAACUUACAUACUACACAUAAAAAAACACAAUGUGAGCAGAGUCCCGUGGUUGGUUGGUGCUUAGAAAAGUUGAAACAAACCAUUAUUUAUUUGCUGAAUUGUCAUUAGUUUUUAAUGGAAUUCUGACGUGAAUGUGUUACCCAGAAAUUGUGCAUCUGCCGGUGAAUUGAUUGCAUUGAUUAAUCAAAGACGAGAACACUAACAACUAACCUAACCGAACUAAUUGCGAGUAAAAGAAACCGGAAGAGAAGGAGUGAAAGGUGGAUAAAAGGAUUUGUUGCAUGGCCAAGUGGUCCAUGCAUCGAGGAAAUAAUGAGAUGUAGAUCGAGAAGGAGUCGUAGAGCUAAAACUUGUGGCAAAAUGAGUGGUCAUUAUGUGGAAAGGGACACCACGACAAAGACAACGAAAUGGAGUUUGGUAGCCAGAUUGGGCCUCGUGCUCGUGGCGUUGCUCGAGCUCUCUGUUCAAGCCGAAGGAUCUCACCUGCCUCCAGGUUAUCUCAGUUUGAGAGGAAGGUCCGAAGAAGUGGGCGAUACUCUGGCGGAAGUCGUUUUCGAACCAGUCGCCUCAGACGUUGGAAUUUUGGAGGACGAGGUGGAAACCACGACAAUGACACCGAUUGAGGACGAGGAUGCGGCGUCGACAAAAAAGACAGAGGUCCCCACAUCCACGCCAAAGGUGACGACCGUCCCUACGACGGAGGGUCUUGCGAGACGAGGAGUGGUCAAUGAGGAUUCGACCCCUGUCCUCGUUGGGCCAAAUGGAAAACGUUACCUCGACAUUUCUGCCAAUUGUGAUUCGAAUCAAAUGUUCAUUGUUGGCCAAUUUCUGUCAAAAUUCAAGGGUCGAAUUUACUCCUUGGGAUAUCCGGAUGAAAACGAGUGUGGGAAAAGUGCGUUUUCAGAUCCAGGAGAAAAUGUUACCUUCAGUCUUCCUCUGGGACAGUGCGGCGUGCAAAUGAUGGGGUUGGACCCGGAAUUUGAUUCUCCUAAACGGCACGAAGUCACCUUGUACAUUCAGUAUUCUUCCUUUCUCCAGCAAGUAAUUGAUGACAAGGUGUCCGUCAGUUGCGUCGAGAUACAUCGCUCACCCCUCGAGGAAUCCAUGCAAAUGCUUGAUUUCUCCUCGAACGAAGAUCCAAACCCUACAACGUCACGCCAAGCUCGAAGAAUGAUGGGAAGCGUGAAGGAUACGAAAACGGGGAAACCGAUUUCUCCAGCACCGUCGUCGUCCUCGACUUCACAAACUGGGACAAAAAUUUCAUCCAAAAUUGGAGAGUCUUGGAUGGAAAUUCUUCAUGGGAAGGAUCCAAGUCCAAAAUCGAGGAAAAUGUUGCCCGUCGCUGUCGGUCAGGACGUAACGCUCGUCAUUUCAACUAAAGUCAUGAGAGGUUAUGAUGCCAGAAUCGUGAACUGUUCCGCCAACGAUGGCACUCGGCUGGGCAGUAUUGAUGGAUUCCGAUCCCAACAAAUUCUUGAUUCUGCGGGAUGUUCCGUGGACACCUCGUUGGUGCCCAAUUUUAGGAGGCGGCGUCUUCCGAUCGAAUCCAGAAAUCGCAUGAUUACUCUACAUUUUUCUACUUUCCCUGCAUUUAAAUUUCCAGAAAGGGAUCAUCUCCACGUUAAAUGCAUGGUGGCCUACUGCCAAGGACCCUGUCCUCAAGAACCUUGUGACUCUGGACUUAAUCACUUUGGCACUUGGAGGGACAAGUACGGCCGAAUUGCGGACGCACUUGUAGACACGGCCGAAAUCGUUAACUCGGUUGAAGUGUAUGCCCCCGAGCUGGAAGAUGCUGCGGGUGCGGGGGGUGCAAAUGGGGGGGACCAUCACUUUGAACGGCACCAGUCCUUGGUGCCCUUGGGAGGCUCCAUCACCUCCACGCACGGUCAAGGUCGACACCUUCGGUUCAGCGACACCAAGUCUGCCGCACACUCGUCCUCGUCGUCCUCGUCCACGUCCCACGAGGAGGACGACGGCGACUCUUCCAACGCUCAGAAUAACGCCACGAAGCCCAACUUUCUUGGUGGGAGUUCCGUCUGUGUGUCACCCGGCUCGAUAAUUCUGGCCCUCGUCAUUCUGGGCGUGGUUCUCGUCAUUUCUGCCACCGCGACCUUGUGGUUCGCUCUGAAGAGGUCGGAAGCGAGGAAGUAUCGACAGGCCGUGAAACACGCACCAUUCACCCAACAACACACCGGUGUUCAGCCCUAUUAUAGAUUCUCACAUUGGUAAUUCAAAAAUUGGGGAGAAAUUCGUAUUUCGUGUAGACUGAGCCAUUUUACCAGGUCGCAAAUAUGUAGCUAGUGAAUUUAUAUUGUAAAUUAUGGGUGUUGGGUUUUAUUUGUUAUUUUUAUGACUGCCAAAUGUUAGGUUUCAUUAUGACAAAGUAAAUUUUAUUAAUGAGUUGUUAAUAAGUUGUAUUUUUAGUAGUUAAUCGUGGGAUUGCAGAUUUUUUGCAACAUUAAGUUAUUGUUACUGGGUGGUUCUAUAAGCUGUAUUUGUGAUCAAGGUGUGUUAUCAAAUUGUAAAUACCUGCGUAUCAUUUUUAAGCGUUGUUGUUACCAUUUAUCUAUUUAUUUAUUUACCUAUGUUAGUUUAUUCAAAGUGUAAAAUAAAAUAAGAAUAAACGUUUUCAGUCAUUUGUACCUGAUCGUAAUUAUAAUUUAAGUAUUUUCAUGCUAAAAUUAAUUUAAUUCCUCAGGUAAAAAAUAAAUUAUUCAUUAAUUUUUUUGUAUCAUGCCAAAAAUUGUAAAAGUAUUGUAUCGAAAAUGAUAAUAUAGAGAUCAGAAGGUAGAAAA